AUGGCUUCAGACGAUCCCAACAAGCCCCUUGAGGCUGCUGCAAGAGAAACCAAUGAGGUUUCCAACGCCAAGAUACCGAGCUUCCUAGGUUUCUCUGGCCGAGGUUUACGAGUGCUUGUAUCGAUCGUAUGUACAACUGGUUUCUUGCUAUUCGGCUAUGACCAGGGUGUCAUGAGCGGAAUCAUUGCGGCGGAUCCUUUCAAUGAUUACUUCCCGGAGACGAAGAACGAUGCUACAUGGCAAGGUUUCGUGACGGCUAUUUACGAGAUUGGGUGCCUCCUUGGAGCUAUCACUGUUCUGCUCGGGGGCGAUUUCUUAGGACGUCGCCGAGGCAUGAUCAUUGGUGCUGCGACCAUGAUCCUGGGAGUGAUAAUUCAGGUCACGGCUAUGAAAGGACACAAGGCCACAGCACAAUUCAUCAUCGGCCGCGUGGUCACUGGCGUUGGAAACGGGAUGAAUACGUCAACAAUCCCUACUUACCAAGCUGAAUGUUCAAGCACCAAGAACCGUGGACUUUUGAUAUGCAUACAGGGUGGUAUCAUUGCCUUCGGUACUCUUAUUGCUUACUGGGUCGAUUUUGGUUGCCAGUAUGGGCCUGACGAUCUUACAUGGCGCUUCCCUAUCGCCUUCCAGAUCGUAUUUGGAUUGGUCGUACUGAUCGUUCCGAUCUGGCUACCGGAGAGUCCCCGAUGGCUUCUCACGAAGGAUCGUUCGGACGAUGCAACUAAAGUCAUUGCUGCUCUUCGUGGCCUGCCUACCGACCACGAGGAGACUACACUGCAAAUAACCAUCAUCGUAGACAGUAUCCGAGCGUCUGGCCACCACGGAGGUAUCACACCUUUCAGUGCUCUUUUCACAGGCGGGAAAACGCAACACUUUAGGCGCAUGAUGCUCGGCGCGUCCUCCCAGCUUUUCCAACAAGUAGGCGGUUGCAACGCCGUCAUCUACUUUUUCCCCCUUCUCUUCGAGAACUCGAUAGGCGAGACGAAACAAUUGUCUCUCCUGCUCGGUGGCGUCAAUAUGAUCGUCUACAGUAUCUUUGCGACAGUCUCUUGGUUCAUCAUUGAGCGGACCGGACGACGCAAGCUUUUCCUUAUUGGCACGAUCGGCCAAUGCCUGUCCAUGCUGCUCGUUAUGGCCUGCCUCAUACCGGGGACCCCGUCUGCAGCCAAGGGCGCCGCCGUCGGUUUAUUCACCUACAUCGCCUUCUUCGGCGCGACAUGGCUUCCGUUGCCGUGGCUAUACCCCGCUGAAGUCAACCCGGUCAAGACGCGAGCGAAGGCGAACGCAGUUUCGACCUGUACCAAUUGGCUUUUCAACUUUAUGGUGGUCAUGAUAACGCCUAUCAUGAUCGACAAUAUAAAAUGGGGGACGUACCUUGUCUUCGCGUGCAUCAAUGCAGGCUUUUUCCCCCUCAUUUACAUCUUCUACCCAGAGACAAAGCAACGCAGUCUGGAAGAGAUCGAUCUCAUAUUUGCAAAGGGGUUCUUGGAAAACAUGACCUAUGUUCGCGCUGCAAAGGAGCUGCCUAUGCUUGACGACCAUGGUAUCGCGGCCAUGGCGCGCCAAUAUGGUUUCCACGACAGUGAUGACGAGGCAGGGCAAAUCAAGGAGGCGCAGGCGGAUGGGGAUGAGAAGGAUGUGGUGACACAUACGAAUGCGCAGAUGGCGUAG